AUGGACCUCACUAUUGAUUGCCUUAAAGCAGCAGAGAUGGGCAACUCCCUCAGAGUUAAAUCCCAAGGAAAGUCGAAGCCCAAACCGGCUUGUGAAUACCCCCCUUCGCAGUGGUGUAGGAGUUUGGAAAUUGCAAUAGAAUGCAGGGUUCAGAAGCAGUGUCUAGAGCUCAAUGCCACCAGACCCAACUUGGCGGUACCCCGAGUGGAGGUGACCCUGUACUAUGAGAGCCUGUGUCCAGGCUGCAGGGCCUUCCUCACCCAGCAGCUCUUUCCCACCUGGGCCAUGCUCCACGACAUCAUGGACGUCAAAUUGGUGCCCUACGGCAAUGCACAGGAGCUUCCCUCAGGGAAUUCUCCCUUCACCUGUCAACAUGGAGAACCAGAGUGUCAUGGUAACAUGAUUGAGGCAUGUAUUCUACAUUCAGUGGGUCGGUACUCAGAAUUCCCAGUCAUUUACUGCAUGGAAUCUGCAGCUAACAUUCUUGAUGCUGCCCAACCUCCAGCAUUAUGA